UGUGGACUGGAAGAGACAUUUGAACCCUCCACCCCCUUUGCUCCGUUUUUACCCCCUUGGUGUGUGUGAAGAGAGGAAACGUAAAGGAAGACAAACAUUUGGAUUUUGCUCCCCCCCCCUUCCCUUUUUUUCAUGGCUGUGUAGCAGAAGAAAGGGGGAAGGAAAGACUUUUUGUUGUUUCCUUGGCUGGGGUCUCUACCCUCCUGCUGCCUUCUCUGCGCUUUGGCUAUCAUUCUUGGACGCGUGCGGUGGGGGUGUCUUCGCUGGGGCCGCUCGGUCUUUUGCCCCGAGCUCCAUGGCUGGAUUGUGGAAACUGCACCGGGCUGCAGGUUGUUGACCAACUGAUGGGACGAUCUCAGGGACCGGCGGUUACGAAAGAAAUGUUUAAAUGUUCAGUAAAUCGGAGGAAAAAAACAUGGAUUUUUAGCAACUGAAGAGCAAAUUAAGGAUUCAGAUUUGGGAUAUUGGUGUUUCUGUUUUGAAGAAUAUUUCCUUUUGAGCUUUUUUUUUUUUUUUUAAUCAUCGGUCUUGGACUACAGAAGAAUCAGAAAGACACUUAUUUUGUUUCAAGUUUGGAACACUCACUCUUGAGGCACUCUCAUGCCUGAGAACAUGACCAUGUGGCCAUCACAGCUACUAGUCUUCAUGAUGCUCUUCGUACCGAUAGUUCAUGCUUUCAGCCGUGCCCCGAUUCCGAUGGCUGUGGUCCGCAGAGAGCUCUCCUGUGAGAGCUACCCCAUAGAACUCCGCUGUCCAGGAACAGAUGUCAUCAUGAUUGAAAGUGCCAACUAUGGGAGGACUGAUGACAAAAUUUGUGACUCUGACCCUGCUCAGAUGGAGAAUAUACGAUGCUAUCUGCCUGAUGCCUAUAAGAUUAUGUCUCAAAGAUGCAAUAACAGAACCCAGUGUGCAGUGGUGGCAGGUCCCGAUGUUUUUCCAGACCCAUGUCCGGGAACCUAUAAAUACCUUGAAGUGCAGUAUGAAUGUGUUCCUUACAAAGUGGAACAAAAAGUUUUUCUUUGUCCUGGACUACUAAAAGGAGUAUACCAGAGUGAACAUUUGUUUGAGUCCGACCACCAAUCUGGGGCAUGGUGCAAAGACCCUCUGCAGGCUUCUGACAAGAUUUAUUAUAUGCCCUGGACCCCCUACAGAACUGACACCCUGACUGAGUACUCAUCCAAGGAUGACUUCAUUGCUGGAAGGCCAACUACAACCUACAAGCUCCCUCACAGGGUGGAUGGCACAGGAUUUGUAGUGUAUGACGGAGCUUUGUUCUUCAAUAAAGAGCGCACCAGGAACAUAGUAAAGUUUGAUUUGCGGACUAGGAUAAAGAGUGGAGAGGCUAUCAUAGCAAAUGCCAAUUACCAUGAUACCUCCCCUUACCGUUGGGGAGGCAAAUCUGACAUAGACCUGGCAGUGGAUGAGAAUGGGCUAUGGGUAAUCUAUGCAACAGAACAAAACAAUGGUAAAAUUGUCAUUAGUCAGUUGAACCCUUACACCCUACGGAUUGAAGGGACAUGGGAUACUGCAUAUGAUAAAAGGUCAGCUUCCAACGCAUUUAUGAUAUGUGGGAUUCUGUAUGUGGUCAAAUCUGUAUAUGAGGAUGAUGACAAUGAGGCCACAGGGAAUAAGAUUGACUACAUUUACAACACCGACCAAAGUAAGGAUAGUUUGGUGGAUGUACCCUUUCCCAAUUCAUACCAGUACAUAGCAGCUGUGGAUUACAAUCCCAGGGACAACCUUCUUUAUGUAUGGAAUAACUAUCACGUCGUGAAAUAUUCUUUGGAUUUUGGACCUCUGGAUAGUAGAUCAGGACAGGCACAUCAUGGACAGGUACCAUACAUCUCUCCACCAAUUCACCUUGACUCUGAGCUAGAAAGACCCCCUGUUAGAGGACCUCUUGGCACGGGAAGCACCACCACCAGUACCACCCUUCGGACCACAACUUGGAACCCAGGCAGGAGUACCACCCCAUCGGUGUCAGGAAGAAGAAACCGGAAUACCAGCACCCCAUCUCCAGCAGCUGAGGUACUUGACGACAUUACCACACACCUUCUGUCAGGAUCGUCCCAAAUUCCAGCUCUGGAAGAGAGCUGUGAGGCUGUGGAAGCUCGAGAAAUCAUGUGGUUUAAGACCCGUCAAGGACAGAUGGCAAAGCAGCCGUGCCCUGCAGGAACUAUAGGAGUAUCAACUUACCUAUGCCUGGCUCCUGAUGGAAUCUGGGAUCCCCAAGGACCAGACCUUAGCAACUGUUCUUCUCCUUGGGUCAGCCAUAUAACACAGAAGUUGAAAUCUGGAGAGACAGCUGCCAACAUUGCUAGAGAACUGGCUGAACAGACAAGAAAUCAUUUGAAUGCUGGAGAUAUCACUUAUUCAGUCCGGGCCAUGGAUCAGCUGGUAGGCCUCCUAGAUGUACAGCUCCGGAACUUGACCCCAGGUGGAAAAGAUAGUGCUGCACGAAGUUUGAACAAGCUUCAGAAAAGAGAGCGCUCUUGCAGAGCCUAUGUCCAGGCAAUGGUCGAGACAGUUAACAACCUCCUCCAGCCACAAGCCUUGAAUGCCUGGAGAGACCUGACUACAAGUGAUCAACUACGUGCAGCCACCAUGUUGCUUGACACUGUGGAGGAAAGUGCUUUUGUGCUGGCUGAUAACCUUUUGAAGACUGACAUCGUCAGGGAGAACACAGAUAAUAUUCAAUUGGAGGUUGCAAGGCUGAGCACUGAAGGAAACUUAGAAGACCUAAAGUUUCCAGAAAACAUGGGUCAUGGAAGCACUAUCCAGCUCUCUGCAAAUACUCUAAAACAAAAUGGCCGAAAUGGAGAGAUCAGAGUGGCCUUUGUCCUCUAUAACAACUUGGGUCCUUAUUUGUCCACGGAGAAUGCCAGCAUGAAGUUGGGAACAGAGGCUAUGUCCACCAAUCAUUCUGUUAUCGUCAAUUCCCCAGUUAUUACAGCAGCAAUAAACAAAGAAUUCAGUAAUAAGGUUUAUUUGGCUGAUCCUGUGGUGUUCACUGUUAAACACAUCAAGCAGUCUGAGGAAAACUUCAAUCCUAACUGUUCAUUUUGGAGCUAUUCCAAGCGCACAAUGACAGGUUAUUGGUCAACCCAAGGCUGUCGGCUCCUGACAACAAAUAAGACACAUACUACAUGCUCUUGUAACCACCUAACCAAUUUUGCAGUACUGAUGGCACAUGUGGAAGUUAAGCACAGUGAUGCGGUCCAUGACCUUCUUCUGGAUGUGAUCACAUGGGUUGGAAUUUUGCUGUCCCUUGUUUGUCUCCUGAUUUGCAUCUUCACAUUUUGCUUUUUCCGUGGGCUCCAGAGUGACCGUAACACCAUCCAUAAGAACCUCUGCAUCAGCCUUUUUGUAGCAGAACUGCUCUUCUUGAUUGGGAUCAACCGAACAGAUCAACCAAUUGCCUGUGCUGUUUUUGCUGCUCUCUUACAUUUCUUCUUCUUGGCUGCCUUCACGUGGAUGUUCCUGGAGGGAGUGCAACUCUAUAUUAUGCUGGUGGAGGUUUUUGAGAGUGAACAUUCACGAAGGAAAUACUUUUACCUGGUCGGCUAUGGGAUGCCUGCGCUCAUUGUGGCUGUGUCAGCUGCAGUAGACUAUAGGAGUUAUGGAACAGAUAAAGUAUGUUGGCUCCGACUUGACACCUACUUCAUUUGGAGUUUUAUAGGACCAGCGACCUUGAUAAUUAUGCUUAAUGUAAUCUUCCUUGGGAUUGCUUUAUAUAAAAUGUUUCAUCACACUGCCAUUCUGAAACCUGAAUCGGGCUGUCUUGAUAAUAUCAACUAUGAGGAUAACAGACCCUUCAUCAAGUCAUGGGUUAUAGGUGCAAUAGCUCUUCUCUGCCUAUUAGGAUUGACCUGGGCCUUUGGACUCAUGUAUAUUAAUGAAAGCACAGUCAUCAUGGCGUAUCUCUUCACCAUUUUCAAUUCUCUACAGGGAAUGUUUAUAUUCAUUUUCCAUUGUGUCCUACAAAAGAAGGUACGAAAAGAGUAUGGGAAAUGUCUGCGAACACAUUGUUGUAGUGGCAAAAGUACAGAGAGCUCCAUUGGCUCAGGGAAAACAUCUGGUUCUCGAACUCCUGGGCGGUACUCCACAGGCUCACAGAGCCGAAUUCGUAGGAUGUGGAAUGACACGGUCCGAAAGCAGUCAGAGUCUUCCUUCAUUACUGGAGAUAUAAACAGUUCAGCAUCACUCAACAGAGGAGCCAUGGCUAAUCAUCUUAUAAGCAAUGCUCUGCUUCGUCCGCAUGGUACUAACAAUCCCUAUAAUACAUUGCUUGGGGAACCGGCGGUCUGUAACAACCCUUCUGUCAGCAUGUACAACGCACAAGAGGGGCUUCUGAACAAUGCCAGGGAUACAAGUGUCAUGGAUACUCUACCACUGAAUGGUAACCAUGGCAAUAGUUACAGCAUUGCCAGUGGCGAAUACUUGAGCAACUGUGUGCAAAUCAUAGACCGUGGCUAUAACCAUAACGAGACCGCCCUAGAGAAAAAGAUUCUGAAGGAACUCACUUCCAACUAUAUCCCGUCUUACCUGAAUAACCAUGAGCGCUCCAGCGAACAGAACAGGAAUCUGAUGAACAAGCUGGUGAAUAACCUGGGCAGUGGGAGUGAAGAUGAUGCCAUUGUCCUGGAUGAUGCCACCUCCUUUAACCAUGAGGAGAGUCUGGGCCUAGAACUUAUUCAUGAGGAAUCUGAUGCUCCUUUGCUGCCCCCAAGAGUUUACUCCACAGAGAACCACCAGCCACAUCAUUACACCAGAAGGCGGAUCCCCCAAGACCACAGUGAGAGCUUUUUCCCUUUGCUAACCAACGAGCACACAGAAGAUCUCCAGUCACCCCAUAGGGACUCUCUCUACACCAGCAUGCCGGCACUGGCUGGUGUGCCCGCCGCAGAGAGCGUUACCACCAGCACCCAGACCGAACCCCCACUGGCCAAAUGUGGUGAUGCCGAAGAUGUUUACUACAAAAGCAUGCCAAACCUAGGCUCCAGAAACCACAUCCAUCAGCUGCAUACCUACUACCAGCUAGGCCGCGGUAGCAGUGAUGGAUUUAUAGUUCCUCCAAACAAAGAUGGGACCCCUCCAGAGGGGAGUUCAAAAGGACCUGCUCAUUUGGUCACUAGCCUAUAGAAGAUGACAGAAAUUUAAGCCAACAAAACUGCUAACACCUGGUUGACUGUUCUGAGUUGAUAUAAGCAGUGGUAAUAAUGUGUGUACUCCUAAAUAUGCUGUUCUUAAACGACAAACACAAACUCUCAGACUUCUUUUUUCUUUUUUUUUUUUUUAAACUGGGAUUUUUUUAGGUCAGCCCAGGGGAGAAAGAUCAUUGCUGAAAUUCCCCUGUGCCAGCUUCUUUCCUGUCCUUCCCCCCUCAGAUGGAGACUUCAUUAUGUUAAUGAACGAGAUUUGAAGAAGAUGGCGCUCAUUGUGGCCUUGUUGAAUUAUGUUGUGUUUGUUCUAACAUCUCUGAUGCUCUGUUACUAUAAUUACAAGGACCUGAUUUUUUAAAAGGCCAGAACACUUGUUUGAAAAUUAGUAACAGUGCUGCAUCUAGAUUGGAGUGCUGCACAAACAUAAAAUCAAAGCAAACUAUCACAUAGUGGUUUUUAGUCGCUCACAACCUGAAUUCACCACAGCAGGAAUAGCUGAGGUGUACAAAAUAAAACAACAAAAUCGAUAAUGAAAUGGAGGGGAAUUCUAGAAUUAUAUGCUAAAUGCAUAUUUUAUGAUUUGCUGUAUUAACUGAUGAUAAAACUAAUGGCAGAAAAAAAUUUGAACAAUUCUAUGUAAUGUACAGAUACUAGCAUUGCACAUGUAGUCUGCUUUCUGUUCCUCCAGAAUUUGAGUCCUGUUAAUGUAGUGGAAAAAAAAGAAAUUUUCUUUUUCUUUCGUGCUGGUCUUGCAAGUUUGUCUACCAGUAAGAGAGCAAAGUUUCCUUCCUUUCUUCUUUUUUUCUUCAUUUUCUUUUCUUUCUUUCUUUCGUUCUUUUUUUUUUUGCCUUUUUUUUCUUUAAAAUUUCACAUGGCAAAAAAUAAAUAAAUAAAUAAAAUAAAUGAAGCUAUCACUUUAUAAGAAUCAUUUUCUAGUAAUGCAAACAAAUUAUUUUUUACAAAAAAAAUAAAAUAAAUAAAAUUAGACUUCCUUCCCUCACUAUAUAUCUUUAUUCAGUCAGAAUAUUUCCAAGAACAUUUUUGCAAUUAGAGCAGGAAGAACUUUUCUGUUUACAGUGCACAUCUGUUGUAAUGCAAAACAUAUUUGGCAAGCAGUUCAUCACUAAGAGAGUAGCUAUGAUUCUAGAAGUAAAGAGGUGUCAAUAGAACUAGUGGGGCUUCUGCAUGUGAGAAAUGGUAUCCCAUGGGUGUGAAAGUGCUGAAUGCUCAGUCUGUUCCCCAAGUGGGCACCUGCACUACCAAUUUUUAAAAGAAAUUCACUCCCUUGUAGAAAGAAUUGAAAGGUCAAUUAUUUUGAAGUGAUUCUUUUAAAAACUUCUGUUUAUUAACAGGAAAAUUUAUUUAUUUGACAGGAUUUUAAGUAAUGUAGGAAUACAAGAGGUAAAUUAGCAGCACAUAUAAUUUUUUUUAAAUUUAUGAUCCAUUUUGUAUGGUCUCAAAGUUGGAUGACCUCAUUACUAAUAUUUGUUGUAAAAGUGAAACUUGUUUGCCAACCAAUAAACAACUGA